AGUGCGCAUGCGAUGGCAAAGAGCAGCCGUAGCAAGAUCAAAAGGAAGUUUAGAGCCGUAAAGCGGCACAAGAUUAAGCCGAAGUCCGUUGCUCUGCUUAAAAAGGUUCUAAAUAUGCCGGUGGGUGGUACAGGUCUGCCUUAUGUUGAUGCCUCGAAGGCGGAGUUAGUUGAGAUUGUCAAAAAGGAGGAAGUACUAGAAGUCGAACGUAAGAAAAAGCCGCCUCCACUAAUGAAUGAACAUGGAAACUACCCUAUAUGGAUGAAUAAGAAGGAGAUGCGCCGGCACAUAAGUAGGCGAAAGCGUGUCCUUCGCAAGAAAAGAAAACUGGGCAAAAAGUCGUCUCUCCGGUUGAGAACUCUCUACUCAAUCUCCGCGUCCUUACGAGUUGUUGCAAAAACCAAUACUAUUAUGCCUAACAAAUUGGCUGCGCCUUUCGGACCUGCCAACGCUCCCGGAGCAGUCAAUCUCGGAUGUAGUCAAAGCACCGUUACCCGUGAUAGCGUGGUCAAUUCGGUAGAAAAUGUUUGUGAAGCAGAUGAUAGAGGAGGUGGAAAUCAGGAGAACCAGACCACGUCGCGUCCAACAAAUUUCACUUAUUCUGCCGGACUAGUUCUCUCCUGCCUUGGAUGUGUCCUGGGAACAGGGAAUAUCUGGCGUUUUCCUCGGAUGGUGGCAGUUGCCAGCUCUGAUUUAGGAAGUCUCACUUUCAUACUAACCUGGGUGUUCUUCCUCUUCACCUGGUCCAUUCCUCUCAUUGUGACAGAGUAUACGCUGGGCAGAUUUACUCGUGGAUCUCCAGUUGUUGCGUUCUACAAAUUUCUCGGUGAAAAGUGCAUUUGGGUGGGAUUGUGGGUCACCUCAAUUGCAUUCAUGAUCAGUGCCUACUUCUCGGUUGUCGUGGGUUGGUGCUUCUACUACUUCUAUGUGGCAUGCGCAUGGCCCACUCUUCCCUCCACCGAACCGGAGAGUCGAGUCAUCUUUGAUCACUUCAUUCAAACCUACUGGCCUCUGUUUAAUCACACUCUCUGUCUCCUCAUUUGUGGAGUUGCUGUAUUCAAAGGUGUGAAAGGCAUUGAAAUUGCUAAUGGUGUAUUGGUUCCACUUCAACUCCUCAUUGUCAUUCUCGUCUUCUAUUGGUCUUUGUCUCGAGAGUAUGCUGAAAUUGGGAUAAAAUUUAUGUUCACACCGGAUUGGGACACUCUUCUUGAUCCAAAACUCUAUGUUGAAGCAGCCUGUCAAAACGCCUUUGAUACAGCAGCUGGAAUGGGUCUUUUCUCUGCCUAUGCUGCCUACUUCAGUCGAGACACUGGAGCUGUUCGAUACAGCGUUAUCCUUCCUGUCAUCAACAAUCUAGUGAGUUUAACCUGUGGACUGACUAUAUUUGCGACAGUGUUCUCCACACUCAUUCAAACGUCGCCCACUCUCACGGUGCCUCAAAUUGUUGCCAUAAUGAAGGAGAGUGGUCCAGGAAGCACCGGUCUUACCUUCACUUGGAUUCCAGUGCUUAUGUCAAAGCUGGGAGUUAUGGGGAGGAUUCUUUGUGGACUCUUCUUCCUUUGCUUGUCAUUUGCCGGUAUCAGUUCAAUGAUCGCCUACAUUGAACUUACAGCACGAACAAUUCAAGACUUUGGUGUAAAACGACUCUGGGCAACAGUGGGAUCGUUGGUGGUGACAUUCCUUGUCGGUGUGCCCUCUGCUGUCAGUAUCAACAUCCUCUCCAAUCAAGAUUUUGUUUGGAGUUUUGCACUUAUGAUCUCGGGACUGUGUUAUUGUGCAUUGGUUAUUUUCUACAAUCCUGUGCGAUACCUUCGUGUCAUUGUCAAUGAUUUUGCAAUCAAAGAUUGGCGGCUACCAUUUGUGUGGGUCAUUGGUAUUGUCGCCGUGGUUCCGGUGGAGGCGAUUGGACUCAUUGCCUGGUGGGCGUAUCAGAAUGUUGCCUUUACAAAGUGGUACAUUAUUAAUGCUGAAUCUCUGACAAUCACCUUCCUCGAGUGGACCAUCUUGGUGGUGCUGGUUGGAGCUGUUAACCUAGCAGUUAAUAUAUUCAAAAUCCAAGCCCUGAAGACUGCCGCCAGCGUGGGCUACGAUCCCUACCAUCCGGAGGGCAUUCCUCCACCUUCACAAUGUCGGCGGAAGGUAGAGAUACCCAUCUAUUCACAAGAUCGCAUCUGUGAUGACUGUGAGAGUGGAAAAUCAUGA